CUGGAAGCAUCAGUGCAGUCAGAUCCGGAGCCUGUGUUAGAUCCGGAAGAUGUGCUACUGCCAGAGCCGGUCCAGCUGCCAGAUGAAGUGUUUGAGCCGGAAGAUGUGCCAGAUCCGGAGCUUGUGUCAGAUCCGGAAGAUGUGCUACUGCCAGAGCCGGUCCAGCUGCCAGAUGAAGUGUUGGAGCCGGAAGAAGUGCCAGAUCCGGAGUUUGUGUCAGAUCCGGAAGAUGUGCUACUGCCAGAGCCGGUCCAGCUACCAGAACUGGUGUUGGAGCCGGAAGAAGUACCAGACCCGGAGUUAGUGCCAGAUCCGGAAGAUGUGCUACUGCCAGAGCCGGUCCAGCUGCCAGAUGAAGUGUUGGAGCCGGAAGAAGUGCCAGAUCCGGAUCCAGUGUUGGAUCCUGAGGAUGUGUCGCUUCCGGAACUGGUCCAGCUUCCUGAGCCAGUGUUUGAGCUAGAAGAUGUGUUGGAACCAGAUCCGCUGUCAGAUCCGGAAGAUGUGUUACUGCCAGAGCCGGUCCAGCUGCCAGAUGAAGUGUUGGAGCCGGAAGAUGUGUCAGAUCCGGAGCUUGUGUCAGAUCCGGAAGAUGUGCUACUGCCAGAGCCGGUCCAGCUGCCAGAUGAAGUGUUGGAGCCGGAAGAAGUGCCAGAUCCGGAUCCAGUGUUGGAUCCUGAGGAUGUGUCGCUUCCGGAACUGGUCCAGCUUCCUGAGCCAGUGUUUGAGCUAGAAGAUGUGUUGGAACCAGAUCCGCUGUCAGAUCCGGAAGAUGUGUUACUGCCAGAGCCGGUCCAGCUGCCAGAUGAAGUGUUGGAGCCGGAAGAUGUGUCAGAUCCGGAGCUUGUGUCAGAUCCGGAAGAUGUGCUACUGCCAGAGCCGGUCCAGCUGCCAGAUGAAGUGUUGGAGCCGGAAGAAGUGCCAGAUCCGGAGUUUGUGUCAGAUCCGGAAGAUGUGCUACUGCCAGAGCCGGUCCAGCUGCCAGAUGAAGUGUUGGAGCCGGAAGAAGUGCCAGACCCGGAGCUUGUGUCNUAA